UGAAGGAUGAAAACCAGAGUCUAAGGCGAGCCAGCUACGAAGUUAGGAGUACUGGACACAUGAGAAGAGAAACAAUAGGCAGACAAACAGCUGGCCCUGACCUUUGUAGGACAGGACCUGGAAAGGACAAAGCCAUGAUCCCAAGGGCAGAGCUUCAACAACUCAGAAACCAAGCCUCCAAAGACCCAGGGACCGAGUUGCUGUACAGCCAGCUGUUAGUGCUUAUUUGAUGGUGGAGGAAAUGAAAAGACUUCCGGUUGCCCCAGCUGGAACUAAGGUACCAUGGCACUCCCAGUCUAGUUUGGCAGGGCUGAGUGAACCCCAGACUAGGUGGGUUGACCUAACUCAUGUUUAUUACCAAAUGGCCAAACGUCCUCUUUCGUUUCGAAGCUUUGGUCCCUUAUCAGCAGGCACCAAUCCACUUCAGAGGGGCCAUAGCGAGUGCUCCUAUUCAAGGAGCAUGAUGGCUGAGGACCGCAGAAGUUUCUUUCCACUGCCCCCGUAUGUAACUGGCAUCGGCAGGUAUCCCCAGCCGCAGAUGGUAAUGGAGUUCCACAAGGCUGAAGUGGGGCCAACUCGGAAGUUGUGUAAGAAUAUGAAGGAAACCCAGGUACCCCAGGAACAGUUGGAGGACACCAAGCAGCCUCAGGAGUCAAAGGUGUUGGUUCAGGCUGAAAAAUCCUUUCUAGAAAGCUUAAUCAAAAACUAUAACCAACAUAAGAAGAAUCAAGAGAGGCCGAGAAAGGGUUGUGUCCAGGAAUAUGGUGAAAAAAGGAAGCUCAUGGCCUUGGGACACAUGAAGCAAACCACAGACCUUCAAUCCCAGGACAAGAAGAACCAGACUGACCUCCAGCAGCCACUGCAGUCAGUGACUAGACAAAGGGCAUCACCAGGGAAAAGCCCAAGUGAGCAAGAGGUAGAAGAGAUACAUCCAAAGUCAGCUCAGGAGAAGACCCAGGCCUCGAACGCGUCAGCCAAAGAGAGUGAGUCUAAGAUCUACCCUUCCAUCAACAGAGAGAACCAGCAGCUAUGGAGGAAAUUAGAGCAACUUGCUCGAGAUUAUUACAGAGUGGAAGAGACAAGGAGACAACUACUGAAACAAAAGCAAGAACUGAGGUACCAACGAUGGGACUCUGUGAUCCGCGGGACAUCAAUAACGCUGGCGGAGCGGGAGCAGAAGCAACGAAGCCCCCGAGAACCCGAUGUGCUCAAGACCCCAGGGAGUAGUUCCCUAUACUCCACGAUAAGGAUCAAUCUGAAUUAAUCCCCACAAUACCAGAUGCAGUAAGAGUAACCGAGGAAAUCGUUUUAGACUUGAGCAAGCAAGACGUGGUACAGCUGCCUCCUGGGACUUAUGCAGCAGCCAAGCCUGGGCUGGAAAACCUGGACUCUAGCAAGGAGAGCCCAUACGAUUGCCCACAUUGCUGAAAAAGGUUCAGUUUUUUUUUUUUUUUGCUUCCAUCUCAAGGGAGUAGAGCAUGGACUCUUUGGGGUUGCUGGCCAGUAAAAGGGUGAAGAAGAGCAGGGGCAGUUGAUGUUCAAUACGAAGUGAAGCAGACAACUGUUACAAGAAUGCAUAGAGAUGUAGGACUCAGGGUCUCAGGACUCCUGAGUGUGUUUAUGCAGCCUGCUGAGGCCACACUCUGGUCGGGUUCAGAAACGAAAGACUGCCAAUGAUCCCCGGAACAGAGUCUCAGACGCAAGCAGUCUCAGUAUUAUGACACUUUCCGUAAGCUGCGCAAAGGGAUUCUGAGUCACUGGGAAGAGGCCAGGGCCUGGUGGGCUGCCCUAGGCUGGAGGAAGUCUGAAGGAGGAGACUUUGGGUCCUGUGGGUGUUGAAAUGUUCAUGAGAGAUCACUGGGGGUAGAGAUGCUACAAGACAAAUGCCACAGCUGGUGGCACACACAUAAAGGAGACACACUGCCUCAGUCCCCUGAGUCACCAGUGAGUCAGCGUCUGCGAGCAGGAUGCACAGCCUUGGACUGUAUUUUGGAAAAGGGCAGUGUGAUAAACUUCCAGACGUUCUCUGUGUUCUCUUCUGCCGUCAGUAACCGGAAGAACAACCUACAGCAAUAACAAUUACCCAGACACCAAACUUUCAUAUUAAUUAAAAGUUUUGUAAUAUA